AUGCACAUACCGACCCCUGUCACGCCUAAUACCUAUCCCUCGAGCCUGCUAGGCUUUCUCGUUCAAAUAAGUGAUGCGCAGCCUGGCGACGAUGCGGAACGACAACAACGAUGGUCAUCGUUCAUUGGCAUAGUUACCGCUAUUGUCGGCAAUCUCCUCAUAUCUUUUGCUCUUAACACUCAGAGAUAUGCACACAUCCUCAUAAAUCGCGAGCGCAAUCAAGCAAGAAGCCAACAUUCAAAGGGUAGAAUUCCUCCACGAAAGCCCAGUGGGUACGGCUCUGCCAGACAAGAAGACCUAGUCGCAGGCCGGGAAAGAAAGAAUCAGGGCAUACAUGAACGCGAUCCUGAUGCGGACAGAAGCUUGAAUGGCUCCUCGACUGAUGAGUCACUGCCCAUUCCCUUCGACGCACGGAAUUCGAAGAAGGGCCAUGAAAAGGAUGCACAUAAUGAAGACAGACCGUCUUAUCUCAAAUCUCCCUACUGGUGGCUCGGCUUCGUGCUCAUGGUUAUUGGGGAGGCAGGGAACUUUCUCGCCUAUGGAUUCGCACCAGCACAUAUUGUCAGCCCAUUAGGCGUGGUAGCCUUGAUCUCGAAUUGCCUAAUCGCUCCCUUAAUGCUCCAUGAGCGGUUCCGGAAGCGCGACUUUUGGGGGGUUCUGAUAGCAAUUGCUGGCGCGGUCACUGUGGUUCUGUCUUCAAAAACGAGCGAGGAGAAACUUGGGCCAGGGGAGUUAUGGAGAACUAUCAAGAGGUGGGAGUUCCUAUUGUAUGUUAUCCUCACUUUACUCCUCAUUGUGGUUCUCAUGUAUAUGGAACCACGAUAUGGCCGAAAGACCAUCCUGCUUGAUCUUGGUUUGGUGGCAUUGUUUGGAGGAUACACCGCACUCUCCACAAAGGGCAUCGCAUCACUUCUGUCAGCGUCACUUUGGAAAGCGUUCACGUAUCCGAUCAGCUAUUUCCUCGCCUUCGUCCUCAUUGGAUCUGCCCUCAUGCAGAUACGCUAUUUGAAUCGAGCAUUGCAGAGUUAUGAUUCAACGCAGGUAAUACCGACACAGUUCGUGCUCUUCACCCUUUCAGUUAUUAUCGGGUCGGCAGUAUUAUAUCGGGACUUCGAACACACGACUGCAGGCCAGGCAGUCAAAUUCAUCCUUGGAUGUCUGCUCACAUUUUUUGGCGUGUACUUGAUCACGAGUGCUCGAGAGGAGCACAGGGACGUCGACGACGAGAUUUAUUAUGAAGACGAGACUCUCCGACUUCUCGAUGAAGAAGCAGAAGAUGCAGGCGAACAGACAACUUUCCGACGAGAAAAUACAGAACGCUCGGUCCGGCCGCGGAGCACAGUCGACCUUACGACUUCUGAUCAAGACGAGCCAGACAGUUUACUCACACCCCGUCGUCUAUCAACAGCAUCCACGGUGCCCUCCAUUGCUGUGACCCCUGCCGAAUCCACAGAUACCUUGAGCGCCAACCCCUGGUUGUCCUCCACGGAGGAAGUGGACCCGCCACUGGCACCGCGGACUCCACAAAUCAACAGACUUCAAAGCGAGCCUGGCUCAGCACCGUUCUACAGACCUGCAACCUCAAAACCGCUCGAUCGGACACGGUCACUAUCCGCCGAUCUAGAAACACCCGGCAAACAAGGCAUCUCUCAGCUCCCAAGUCCGAUCCGUCCGUUCGGGCCAGGCCCAGAAGGGCCAUCUCCUGCGGCAAGCUUCCUGACACGCUCCGCGCGUGGCAGUAUCUCCAGGCUUCUACCCGUCCCUGGCCCUCUGGUGCCACCGCUCUCCUCGUCACUCAGCGCCCUGGUGGCAGAUUCGCUACUCAAGGGCGAGGGAGGCCCCUUUUCAGUGCGGAUUGCGAACCGCCGCUCGCAGUCGGCCUACCACGUGACUGAAGGAAGUCGGCGGACUGUCCCCGUUGAGGACCACGAGAACCCACUGACCCUGGACAACCGGGGUCAGAACGCUGAUGGGGAUUCCAGCCGUACCGUGCCGAUGCCUUCGGUCCAGCAUCAAGACUACGGAGAGCAGCAGGAUGAUCCCGGGACGGCAAAGCGGAAGCCUAAGCUGAGGGCACUCAGCGAGACGAUAUCCGACAUGAUGAGGCACCCAAAGGGGAAAGGUACAGGGAAGAGGAGAGAUGAUUUCGCUGACGAGAUGUGA